AGACGACGACACGUGUCGCGAAGCAAAGGGAUCCCUAUCGCUCCUCUUCUGACGGUUAUAAUGGGCAAAGAAGUCGAAGAUCUGGUUGUGGCAGGAAAAGUGAUGCCGCGAAUCAUUCUGGGAUCCGCCUCGCAAACACGACAGGCCAUUCUGCGCGAGAUGGGGUAUCACAAUUUCAUCAUCAUGAAACCAGACAUCGACGAGGCUGCUAUACGUCGGGACAAGGCUGAAGAUCUGGUUAUGGCGCUUGCCGAGGCCAAGGCAGACGCUCUCCUUGCCCGUUUGUCGAAUUCCCCUUCUCCUUUUCAAGAAGAUGAUGAUGACGACGAAGAUGGCGAUGGAGGAGGAAGAGGAGGAAGAGGAGGAAGAGGAGGAAGAGGAGGAGGAGAAGACGAAGCAGGAGAAGAGGAGAAAAGGAAGGAGGUCGUCGGGACUGUCGUCUCUGUUUCCGAUGCUGCUCCUGAUCUGCCACGUGGCCGACGCAGACGCCGCCACGUGUCGUCCGUGCCUUGUCUGCUUAUUACUGCCGAUCAGGUGGUGAUGCAUGAGGGGGUGAUAAGAGAGAAGCCGAGGACGCCCGCAGAAGCUCGUCAGUUCAUCGAUGGCUAUGGCCGCUCCCCAGCUUGUACAGUUGGCGCUGUUCUCGUCACCGACCUCAGGACUGGCUUCCGCAAAGGAGGGGUAGAUAAAGCGGAGGUUUACUUCCAUCCGAUCCCCCCUCAGGUCGUCGAACAACUUAUUCAAGAAGGGUCCGUGUUCUGGGCGGCAGGGGGUCUGCUUGUCGAACACCCCCUCGUAUCACCGCUUGUAGAAGCUAUGGUGGGCACCCUGGACAGCGUAAUGGGCCUGCCCAAAGCGUUGACGUCAUCGCUUAUUGACGAUGUGCUCUCCCACUCUUCUUCCUCCUCCCGCUCAUCCGCCUGCUUACCGGUCUGCCCAAAACGUUGACGUCAUCGGUUAUUAACGAUGGACCCACCUUUCACCUACUCUUUUCUUUCUUUCCUUCAUGCAAACCUUUCUCCUUUUCCUCCUCCUCCUCCUCCUCCUCCUCCACCGCCGCCGCGCGCCUCCUCUUUCUCACUUGUCGUUCUCCUCCUCCUCCUCGAUUAACCCCGCCUUCACCCCCUCCCUUGGCCCCUUUCCCUCUCGUCUCUCUUCUCCUCCGCCCCCUUCAGCUUCCUCCUCGCAUGACCAUGACGAGACCUUUUUUUUUUUUUUUUUCCCAAGUCAUGACGGGACCUCCUUUAGGAAAGAUUGAUCUUUUUGCAGAUUGCCUAAUUUUGCUUUCAGACCAGA